AUGACCAACUUAGCAGAAGAAUUGCAGCGAUUAGGGCUGUUAGAAUAUUUGGAUGUUCUUGUGGCCGAAGGUUUCGAUACCUGGGAAACGGUGUCAGAUAUAGCAGAAUCAGACUUAAACUCCCUCAAUGUCAAGAUUGGUCAUCGAAGGAAACUUCAGCGGGCGAUUGCCGAAUCGCGCAGUCCGGUCUACAAUCACCGCCCUCCAAUCGCUCGCACCAAACGAAAGUAUGCGCGACAUCCUAAGUCAGACGAGCAUGCACCCGGGCGACCUCUAUCUGCCUAUGUAAUUUUCGCUAACCAUGUAAGGGAGUCUCUGGAGGGCCAAGGAUUAUCUUUCACAGAGAUUGCGAAAGUUGUUGGUAAACGGUGGCAAGUUUUACCAGCAGAGGCUCGAGAAGCCUAUCAAUGUCAAGCCAAGGUCGGAAAAGAGAAAUACCACGCAGAACUAGCAGAGUACAAAGGAUCUCCCAAGUACGAUGCUUAUCAAAAGUACCUGAAGGGGUUCAAGGCGAAACACGCAGCACCAUACAAUCGUGCGGAAAGGAUACGUUCCAGGUUAGAAACCCACAUAAGGACUGUGGCGCCAAGCAGUACCCAUGAAUACGGCGACCGACGGGCAAAGAAAGAGCCCAGCUCAGUGGAACUGAGUUCUUAUAUAGCGGAGCACGACCAGGAGGGGCCAAGCCCGAUCCUGAGUCUUCCACGGCUUUCUGGAUAUUCCUCCUCAUCAAGACCAACAUCUCCAACAGCUCAUUCUCGAAACGAAACGAACUCGGCUUGCCCAGAAGAUUCCAGCUCACUUGUGUUAACAUCGUUAGGGUCUGCAGUUCUCUAUCGAGAAGGACUUUAUGAUCUCCGCUCUACUGCUGCGGCGCAUAACCCUUGGAAGCAGAGUUCGGAUUUUAGUAUCCCGAUCCGUUCUUCGUCCUUCAUAUAUCAACCUGGGAACAUAUCAACUACAUUUCCUCCACUCUCCUAUACUUUGCAAUACGACGAUCCUAUCAAUUCUUCCCUAAAUCGACCGUUUCGGGAGUUUACAUGGCUACCAUCCAUUACUCACGAAGGCAGGAUUCUCUCACCUGGGGAAGACCGCGUAUAA